GCAGAGCGGCUGCAGGACGGUUGGCGGUGGCAGGGUGAUGGCGGAUAUAGACAAGCUCAACAUCAACGGCAUCAUCCAACGACUGCUGGAAGUGAGAGGGUCCAAGCCUGGUAAGAAUGUCCAGCUCCAGGAGAAUGAAAUCAGAGGCCUGUGCUUAAAGUCUCGAGAGAUAUUUCUCAGUCAGCCUAUCCUACUAGAACUUGAAGCGCCGCUCAAAAUAUGUGGUGACAUUCAUGGGCAAUACUAUGACUUGCUUCGACUUUUUGAAUAUGGUGGUUUCCCGCCAGAAAGCAACUACCUGUUCCUUGGGGACUAUGUGGACCGGGGGAAGCAGUCAUUGGAAACCAUCUGCCUCUUACUGGCCUACAAAAUCAAAUACCCGGAGAAUUUCUUUCUUCUCCGAGGGAAUCAUGAGUGUGCCAGCAUCAACAGAAUUUAUGGGUUUUACGAUGAAUGUAAAAGAAGAUAUAGCAUCAAACUGUGGAAAACGUUCACAGACUGUUUUAACUGUUUGCCAAUAACAGCCAUCAUCGAUGAGAAAAUAUUCUGCUGUCAUGGAGGUUUAUCACCAGAUCUUCAAUCUUUGGAGCAGAUCCAGCGAAUUUCGCGACCAACUGAUGUACCAGAUCAAGGUCUUCUUUGUGAUCUUUUGUGGUCUGACCCUGAUAAGGAUGUCUUAGGCUGGGGUGAAAAUGACAGAGGAGUGUCCUUCACGUUUGGUGCAGAUGUGGUUGCAAAGUUCCUCCGUAAGCAUGAUUUGGAUCUUAUAUGUAGAGCCCAUCAGGUGGUUGAAGAUGGAUAUGAAUUUUUUGCAAAGAGGCAAUUGGUCACUCUGUUUUCUGCACCCAAUUACUGUGGAGAAUUUGACAAUGCAGGGGCCAUGAUGAGUGUGGAUGAAAAACUAAUGUGUUCUUUUCAGAUUUUAAAGCCCAUAGAGAAAAAGAAACUGAAUGCCUAAGACCUGUGACCCUGCCAAGGGGUAUCACAAAGAAAGCAAAAAAUAGAUGUCACUUCGACACUGUCUAGUUGGGACUUGUCACAUAUAGUACAUAUACAAUCUUCCUUUUUGAAACUGUAAUGUAUACUGGUCAGUUUGCUCAGAUCUGUGUGGGGGCCCCUGCUUCCAUUUUUGAUUUAAUGAAUGCCAUUUGCUGGUUAUACCAGCGAAUGAAAACUCCACUCUCAAGGAAAAGUGUUCAGUUUUGUUUUCAAUUCCUUGUGCAAACAGCUUUAAUGAUGCUAUUAAAGCUGUGCAUCCCAGGACAGUUUAUCCUGUCUCAGGGGCAAGUCUACAGUUAAUUUUUAAAAAUUCCGUAUGACCCAUGAAUAAUGUAAACACUCAAUUUCUUUAGGAUAUAAAGAGAGCCCUGGGUUGCUCUGAAUCUGUACAUGUUACUGUCAUAAAAUGCAUGCUGUUGAUACAAACCACUGUAAACAUUUUUUAUUUUAGAGUUUUGUUUAAAGGGAUUGCUUUUUCCUCAUUGUCUUGUUAUGUACAAACUAAUUUUUGUAGUUGCCAACAUUAGGAAUAACUUUCAACCUUGCGAGCAUCACUGGUAUGAUAUGUAUUUAAUUAAAACACGCUUUCCGCCUACC